AUGACCUCCGCCGCCGCCGCCAACACGCGUAAGCGUAAGAACCUCACCCCAGCCGAGCGUGCCGAAGUUGUCGCGUUCUUCCUGCGCGUUAGCAAGGAGCUGCAGCCUCCGAUCGCGGUCCAGAACAUCAAGGCAGGACAUCCUAUCAACUACGACAGCGGAAAAAAGGGUAGAAGCGGUCGUAAGACUCGCAUGACAGAGGAAUUCCGCCACGACCUCAACCAUGCCAUCGAACUUAUCCUCCUCGGAGCCAGAACCGAUAUUCGUACUUUGGCGAAUACUCUCGGUAUUCCGAAAUUUACCAGACUACAAUGCUAA